GUAAAUCCAAGGACGUCACCGUUUGCUGCCCGGAUGGCGUCAUGACGAUCGAUCGCAAUCUCACGGCCACUAGGGAUGGAGAUCUACCGAAUCCGCGAACAUUCGAGUGUGGGUUGAACACGCUUGCGGAUCGGAUCGUCGGAGGAAACUACACUGCGAUCGAUGAGUAUCCUUGGUACGCGUUGCUCGAGUACGUCUCGAAAAAAGGCACACGAGCGUUCCAAUGCGGUGGGUCUCUCAUCAACAACCGCUACGUGCUGACGGCGGCUCAUUGUCUAGCUAACAAGCGCCUGGACGAUGGUGAACGACUGGUUAGCGUGCGACUUGGAGAACACAACACAGCUACGGAGCUGGACUGCGAGGACGAUGGUACGAUGGAGGUGUGUGCGGAUCCACCGCAAGACUUCGGCAUAGAGGCACAGAUCAUACACCCGGGCUACGAAAAGAACGGAGCUUUCCAGCACCAUGACAUUGCACUGAUCCGUCUCGAUCGGGACGUCACGCUCAACAACUACGUUUCGCCGGUUUGUCUGCCAGUGGACAACUUCACACCAACCAGUCCGAACGUCAACGUGACAGCCGUUGGAUUUGGACACACUGGGCGGCAGAAGCACAGUGGCAUCAAGAAGCAGGCACAAUUUCCGGUGUUCGCGCAGGAAGAGUGCGAUAAAAAGUGGCGAAACGUGCAGAUCAUCGAACAGCAGCUUUGUGCCGGUGGCGUUUUUGGGAUCGAUUCGUGCAGCGGUGACUCAGGUGGGCCACUGAUGACGCGCAGGCUUUACUGGAUACAGGAGGGUGUCAUCUCGUUCGGUAACCAAUGUGCCCUUGAGGGCUGGCCGGGAGUGUACACUCGCGUGUCGUCCUACCUGGACUGGAUCCGUGCCACUAUUCGUGGGGGAAAUGCUCCAGACAAGAUCAUGCCGUCUGUGCUGCUGCUGCUGCUGCUACUGCUGGUGUCGUUGGUGUCGUUCUACGGUUGUGCGGUUGUACCGACGGUAUCUGUCGCCGGGUAUGAAUCAGACGACCGGCCCGUGUGGGAGUCGAAGACCCUGUGUAGCAUUCCAAAUGAGGACGAUCCAGGUGUUUGCCGAUCACCGGCUGAUUGUGCCGCCUAUGGCAAGAUCAACGACGCGUCCAGCUUAGGAUCGAUCGAGCGGCUCAGCUUCAUCAAGCAGAUCCAGUGCAACAGCUCAACUGCCGUGCCGCUUGUGUGCUGUCCAAGCUCCACCGAAUCGUACUUGCAGCCGGUGGUGUACGAGACGACGAUCGCGAAGAAUCGCGUCGCUAGCCGGCUUGCGUUUGAUGACGACUCCUGCGGCAAGCAGUCUUAUAUUCCGAAGAUCCGUGGUGGCCAGCUGGCCGAGAUAGACGAGUUCCCAUGGAUGGCGAUGUUGUUGUACGUGCGAGGUAACGACCGGCCAGUGCAAGGAUGUGGCGGGGCACUGAUAAGUCGCACUUUUGUCAUCACAGCGGCCCACUGCGUGACGGGUCGCAAGUUCCAGCAGGCCAAAGGCCGACUGGCAUAUGUGCGAUUGCGUGAGUACAACACCUACACAAACCCGGACUGUGUGUACGAGAACGAUCUGAAGGACUGCUCGGAGGACAUGAUUGAUCUGACGCCGAAGGACAUCAUCCCACAUCCGAUGUAUGAUGGAGACUCCAGCAGCCAGGAGCACGACAUCGCGCUGAUCCGAAUCGAUGAGACGCCAUCGUUCAACGAUUUUCUACGCUCGAUUUGCCUCCCUGAACUGAGCUACGAAAAUGGCCCGUCUGCCAACAAGCGACUGAGUGUGUCUGGUUGGGGACGCACGGAUUUGUUCAAGGGCCACCUGCGACCUGACGAGCCGAGUCCGAUCAAACUGAAGCUUCUGCUGCCUUACGUCAACUGGAACCAGUGCAGCAAAACGUUCGGACCGUGGCAGUUCCGGCUUGGACCGGGUCAGAUGUGUGCUGGUGGUGAACCUGGCAUGGAUACGUGUGCUGGUGACAGUGGAUCACCGUUGAUGAGCUACGAUAUGCAGCGUGGAGUCUGGAACAUCACCGGCAUUGUGAGUCUCGGAGUGCAGAAUUGUGGCGUUGAAGGUCUGCCUGGAGUCUACACGAACGUGCACCACUAUGUACCCUGGAUCCGGCAGUACGUCGGGGCGUAUUAGUGGGUCAUUAGCUGUGCCGCUCGGCAAGGUCAGACAGCCUACACUGUAUGGUCGAGGUUGAUACCGGAUCUAAUAAAAAGUAGAUCAUCAAUCCUGGCAGGAAUCAAAGCACACAUGAGAUGUAUGCUGAUAGGGAACGAUAAACACGGCAUAAAACGAAUCUUACUUCUACGUAGCCAUAAGUUAAUAUGCAACAUACUCCAUUUCGAAUAUCAGGUGUAGC